AUGGGUCAAGAAAACAGUAGCACAGAUAAGGAAGUGACUCUCCAACAAAUGCAGGAUCUCUACCGUAAAUUUGCGAGCGAAUGUCCAAGUGGAAAGCUCCACUUACAUGAAUUCAAGAGAAUAUUUGGAGUCAACAGCAACUCCACGGAAGAAGAAUCUGCAUAUACGGAAAAUGUAUUUCAAUCCUUUGAUACAAAUAAGGAUGGAAAUAUAGACUUCAUGGAGUAUGUGGCCGGGCUGCAUCUUGUUCUUCGUGGAAAACUGGAGGACAAACUGAGGUGGUCUUUUAAAGUUUAUGACCGAGAUGGAAAUGGCAGUUUGGACAGACAGGAAGUGAGACACCUUGUCAAAAUUAUCAACAAGAUAAAAAGGCACAAUGAUCCCACCGCAGGGAAUAUUGAUGAUAUUUGUGACAGACUAUUUGAUCUGGUGGACAAGAAUAAUGACAAUCAGAUUUCUUUGGAGGAAUUUAUAGAAGGGGCUGAAAAGGACCCGUGGGUGAUGGAACAGCUCAAACUGGACAUCGGGCCCUGUGAUUGGUUCCUUGAACAGCAGGAGAAGAAAACCUGA